AUGCCUCUGUUUCUUUAGGGUCGGCUUCUAGAGAUUUAUUUUGUUCCUUUGAUUGGACCAUGUAUUUCUGUUUCUUCAUGUUCCUUACAACUUUAUGUUGGAUCCACACUUGAAAAAAGUCACCCCUCCCAGUCUUUUUGGACUGGCUAGAGAAAGACCUUCACCAGUCAGCUUGGCUAGAGAUUCCAGGAGUCUCUCAGACUUUUUGUGUGGAUAGGUCUUCUCUAGGCUUGUGUGUGUAAAUUCCCAGUUCAGGGAUUUGCUGGCUUCUUUUUUUCAGGAGUCUGUGACCUGGUUUCUGGAUUUCUCAUAAAGGGAAUUGGUCCAUGUAUUGCUGAGUUGGUGUCUCCAUGAGAGAGAGUGUGAGACUUCCUGUUCCAUCAUCUUGCUGGUGUCACUACCUUCUCACUGCAUCUUGAUAGGUUUUGCCCUUCUCUAGAUUGGGAGCCUUUGGGGGAUUGGGGACCGUGCCAUCACUGUAUGCUCAGAUUUCAACACAAGCAAGUGAGUAAAAUAUAUACCAUUCCAUAAGAAUUUUGAAGGAAUAUAAAGGAAGGAGAAAAUAUUUCUGCUGGAGAAUUUCUGGAAAGGUACUAGUAAAGAGCACAUUUGCAGUUAGGGUUGGGUUCCAAUCCUAACUGCAGGGACUAUUUGGGUGACCUUGAUGCUUGCUCUGUCAAGGCGCCAUCUAGUGUCUCCUUUGCUCAGCACACCAUCUUUCGGCCGUUUCUACAGAGGUGACAGCCCAACAGAUUCCCAAAAAGACAUGAUUGAAAUCCCUUUGCCUCCAUGGCAGGAGCGAACUGAUGAGUCCAUAGAAACCAAAAGAGCCCGGCUGCUCUAUGAGAGCAGAAAGAGGGGAAUGUUGGAAAACUGUAUUCUGCUUAGCCUCUUUGCUAAAGAAUAUCUGCAGCACAUGACUGAGAAACAGCUGAACCUCUAUGAUCGUCUGAUUAAUGAGCCCAGUAAUGACUGGGAUAUUUACUACUGGGCCACAGAAGCAAAACCGGCCCCAGAAAUAUUUGAAAAUGAAGUCAUGGCCCUGCUGAGAGACUUUGCUAAAAACAAAAACAAAGAGCAGAGACUGCGUGCCCCAGAUCUGGAAUACCUCUUCGAAAAGCCACAUUGAGCUGUGCACCAUUGCCUGCCCUGGGGGCUCAGUCCACGGACCCUAACUUAGGAUAGACACUGGCCUCGACUUCCUGCUUCCCCUGAGACACUCAGCCUUCCCAGACUGUUUGUCUUGCUUCAAUUGAGGGACCCAUCUCUCAGGACGCGUAAAUACUGGGUGUGACUCAUUCUAAAACUUUGUUGGUUCACUUUUAAGCCUAAAAGCGGUUGCUGGUGUUGCCAGCACUCUGGCCUGUUUCUCUGCCACAGGAGGGCAGUGUCGGGGAAGGGAUGGUGCUGGCUCGUUGCUUUAGCCCGAAGUGUGUGUUCAGUGCAAAGAGGCAGCCAGCUGCAGGGGCUGGGUGGCAAGCUUCCCCGAGCAGCCCAGGGCUUUAUUCAAGUGAAAUCCCUCCCCCCCACCCCACCUUUCCCACCCAGUAGGGUCCUUCCUGCCAGGGCAGCAGACCCAAGCCCCCUGAGCUGAGUCAGAGACACGGCAGGCAGAAGGAGGGCGGCAGGCAGGGAUGUGUGGGCAUGCUCCUGACGAGUCCACAUCCUCCUCAUCAGGUUUCCUCUAGAACGUUCACUCUGUAAACUGAAAGAUAAUUAAAUAUUAAAGAAUAUUUUAUGAAGGAAAAACCACA